UUAAAAAAUAAAGAUGAUAAUCUUAAUAUAUAAUCGUGGUGAGAUAGCUUGUCGCAUUUUAAGAACUUGUCAAAAACUUGGUAUUCAAACGGUAGGAAUUUAUACACCUGAAGAUCAUUUUAGUUCGCAUAUAAAGGAGACAGACUUUAAAAUAGAAUUACCGCCAGGAGAUUUAUCUCUUAAUUACUUAAAUGUGGAUUAUAUAAUUGAAAAGUCACUGAAGCUAAAUGUAACUGCAGUUCACCCCGGGUACGGUUUUGUAAGCGAAAGUGCAGAAGCUUGUUUAAAAUUUGAAAAUGCUGGAAUUAUUUGGAUCGGACCAUCGGCAACAAAUAUCGUUGAUUUUUCAAGUAAACAUAGUUCAAAGAAUAUUGCAAGAAGUUGUGGUGUUCCGAUAGCUGAUUACGCAAUAGUUGAAUCAGUCGAAAGUUGCUUGAAAGAAUCAGAAAUUAUUGGAUACCCAGUCAUUUUAAAGUUAAGCUCAGGUGGUGGUGGCAUCGGAAUGUAUCGCUGUGAAAAUAAAAGUGACGUAUUAAAAUAUUUUCCUUUGGUUGAACUAAAAACAAAAAGCGUGUUCAAAGGUUCCAAAAUACUUAUAGAAAAGUUUUUAUCAAAUUGUCAUCACAUAGAAAUACAAAUCAUUGGUGAUGGAAACGGACAUGUAAUUUCAUUGGCAGAAAGAGAAUGCUCUAUACAAAGAAGAAAUCAAAAAUUGAUAGAAGAAGCUCCAUCGCCAUUCUUAAGUCAAGAAACGCGACAAAAAAUGUGUUCUGAUGCUAUUAAGUUAGCUCAGUUUGUAAGUUACAGAUCUGUAGGAACAGUAGAGUUUGUAGUUGAUGACAGCAAACCAAAUGAAUAUUUUUUUCUAGAGGUAAACACACGUCUUCAGGUAGAACACGCUGUUACAGAAAUGUUGUUUGACGUUGACUUGGUUGAAAUAAUGAUUAAACUAGCAUGUUUUUCAGUACCUAAAAUUUCGUUAAAAAACUUUAGUCGAAAUAAAGGACACUCAAUUGAGGUUCGUAUUUAUGCUGAAGACUGUUUAAACAGUUUUAUGCCGUCUUGUGGUCAAUUAACCCACGUCUAUUUUGCUCAAGACAAUGUGAAUACAAGAAUUGAGACUUGGAUUGAAAAUGGCACUGUAAUAUCACCGUUGUACGAUCCGUUACUAGCUAAAGUUAUUUGUUUUGCUCAAACUAGAGAGAAGUGUGUAAAAAAACUUUUGAAAUGUCUUAAAAAAACUGUUAUUCAAGGUGUAAAUACAAAUCUUGAGUUUUUAACUGAGGUUUUAAAACACGAAUUGUUUAUUAAAGGUAAAACAUUAACUUCUUUUCUCAAUAACUUUAGCUACGAUUCCUAUACGGCUCAAGUAUUAGAACCUGGAAUGUAUUCUACAAUUCAAGAUUAUCCCGGUAGAGUUGGUUAUUGGAAUAUUGGUGUCCCACCGUCUGGCCCAAUGGAUAACAGAAAUUUUAGAAUUGCAAACUAUCUUGUUGAAAAUGAUUUUAAAGCUGCUGGCAUCGAGAUUCUACAUGAUUGUUUGGUUUUAAAAUUUAAUUGUAAUUCUUUAAUUGCAGUUACAGGAGCAUCAGCUCAAGUCAGGAUAAACAACACUAGUUUCAAUAUGUACGAAAGUAUUUUUGUGCCAAAAAAUGGAAUUUUAGAAAUAAGACUUGAUAACAAACAAUCAAACUUUGCUGGUUGUCGUGUUUAUUUAGCAAUUCAAGGUGGAUGUCAAACGAUGCCAUACUUAGGUUCAAGAUCAACUUUUCCGUCCGGCAAUUUUGGAGGGUUAAAUGGCACUACUUUAAAGAUGUUUGAUACAAUUCCUUUAUCAAAAAAUACUAUUAAAACAAAUUUUUUAAAAUGGCCACCACAAUUCAAACCAACAUUAUCAAACACAUGGGAAGUAUUUGCUUUAGCAGGACCGCAUUCAGAACCUGAUUACUUUACAAAAGAAGAUAUUAUAAAUCUAUGGUCAAGUUGGUAUGAAAUCAAUCAUAAUUCAAAUAGACUCGGUAUUAGACUUGAAACCGUAUGGAAACCCACAUGGUCAAGAAAAAGUGGAGGUGAUGCAGGGUUUCAUCCUUCAAACGUCCACGAUUAUGCUUAUUCUAUUAAUUCAGUAAACUUUUCUGGUAAUACACCUAUCAUUCUUACUGUCGACGGACCAAGUUUAGGUGGCUUUGUUUGUCCGCUGACUAUUAUUCAAAGCGAAUCUUGGAAAAUCGGUCAAUUUAAGCCAGGAGAUAAAGUUAGAUUUGUGCAAGUUGACUAUAAUUAUGCUAUAGAAUCAUUAAAGUUAGAAUCUCAUCUUUUAAAUGGCAAGUUUAAUGAGUGUUGCGUUUUAAAAACACCUCAAAUCGAUCCAUGCAAUUCAAUCAACCCAGUCUUUAAUAUUCGCAUGCCAAAUUUAAAAGAACCAAAAGUUUUAUUUCGUUUAUCUGGCGAUCAACAUGUAUUAGUAGAGUUUGAAUUAAAUGAAUUCGAAAUUGAAAAUCGUUUUUAUAUUCAAGUAAUUCUUAAUAAACUAAAACAUUUAAAUUAUGAAUAUGUUUUAGAAAUGGUUCCAGGAGUGAGUACCUUACUCGUUAAAUACAAUCCAUUCUUAAUAUCUGCUAACCAACUGGCAGAUCUAAUAACAAAAUUAAUACCAAAUUCAAAAGAUGUUAACGAAAUGAAAAUUGCUUGCAGAAGUGUUCGAUUGCCUUUGGCUUUUCACGAUUAUUGGAGUCUCCAAGCUAUUUCCAGAUAUAUGAAAACAAUCUGCAACAACGCUCCGUAUUUGCCGGAUAACUGUAACUUUGUACAGAGUUUAAAUGGUUUUAAAUCAUUAGAAGAUUUAACGUCUAUCUUAGUUGACACAACUUAUAUUGUGUUAGGUUUAGGCGAUGUUUAUUUAGGAGCUCCACUGGCUGUUCCGUAUGAUCCGCGGCAUAGAAUAAUUACAACAAAGUAUAAUCCAGCCCGCACAUUUACUCCCGAGGGAGCCGUUGGUAUUGGAGGUAUAUAUAUGUGCAUCUAUGGAAUGGAAUCUCCUGGUGGGUAUCAACUAAUUGGUAGAACCUUGCCCAUUUGGAAUACAUAUAGUUCUAAACCUUGGUUAUUUGACUUUUUUGAUAUGAUUAAGUUUUAUUUAGUAAACGACAAUGAACUAAUUCAUAUAAGAGAAGAAUACAAGCUCGGAAAGUUUACAUUAAACUUUGAAAAUGUUUCAAUAGCUUUGUCAGAUUAUCGACGCUUUUGCGAACAUAACCAACUAUCUAUUUUAAGGUAUAAAGAAUCACACAACUUGACAAGAAUUGCGACGCAAAUUAAUUGGAGUAUUUUUUCAAAUAAAGAAAGCACGGUUUUAAAUGAAAAUCAAAAGGACGAAGGUGAUAACAAUCAAGAAGCUGAUAACAGUUUAUCAGCAUAUUUUCUUAUAAAAUCAGAUCAAUAUGGCUGCGUAUAUGAGAUAAAAGUAAAAGAAGAUGAUGUCAUUAAAAAAGACGAUCCCAUAAUGCUUAUAGAAUUAAUGAAAAUGAGUAUAGUAAUUAAAUCACCUGUUGAUGCUAAAAUAAAUAAAAUUCUAGUAAGAACAGGUCAGGUAGUCAAGGUUGGUCAAACUCUGAUGGCAGUUACUAAUAUAAAUAAUUAAUAUUUGGCACUGAUAAUUGUUAACUAAGAUAAAUGAUGUCUAAAUGUUUCGCUUUGAAAUGAAUGUCUAUUUUUUAUUCUUCUUGUUAAAGAGCAAAAGUCCAAAUAUGCAGUUACAGUGAAAUAUUUACAUAUACUUAUGUAAUAGAUAAUUCAGAUAAUUCAUUAUAGUUGAGCUUAUGUAUCUAACUAUAAUAAUUAAGGUAAUGCUAUUUUGUAACGCUGAUUUUGUUGGCUUAUUUUUUUUAUAUAAAAAUUUAAAAUCUUGUAUUACCCCGACGGGCAUUUGUUUUUAAA